ACUGGCAACACUGAAAACAAAUAAUGAUUCAUAACGUCAAAUCAGCUAGAAAUAUUAAUUUUAUCAAAAAUUCCUUUUAGUUGAGUUUCCAUUCCAUUGUGUUUAUUAUUGUAAAGUGUUGGACGCAGUACCUAAUUUCUCAGAAGAAAAAUUAUAAUUUAAAUCGUUGAAAUCAAUUAGAAACUUGUUGAAAUGGGAAAUGAAAUGUCUUCUACAGCAAUGGAAAAACAUCUCUUCAAUCUUAAAUUCGCAGCAAAGGAAUUAGAACGGAAUUCUAAGCGCUGUGAAAAGGAAGAAAAACAAGAGAAAGCAAAGACCAAACAGGCAAUUCAAAAGGGAAAUAUGGAAGUGGCUAGGAUUCAUGCUGAAAAUGCUAUCAGACAGAAAAACCAGUCGGUCAACUAUCUGAGGAUGUCUGCAAGAGUAGAUGCUGUAGCAAGUAAAGUACAAUCAGCGGUCACAACUAGAAAAGUUACCAAUUCCAUGGCUGGGGUCGUUAAAACUAUGGAUGCUGCCAUGAAGAGUAUGAACUUGGAAAAGAUUUCUAGCGUUAUGGAUAAAUUUGAGCAACAGUUUGAAGAUCUCGGUGUUCAGACAGAUGUUCUUGAAAACACAAUGGGGCAAACUACAACAACUCUUGUGCCUCAAAAUGAUGUCGAUUCUCUCAUGCAGCAAGUUGCUGAUGAAGCAGGAUUGGAUUUGAAUAUGGAGCUUCCAGAAGGACCCCAGGGUAGUGUUAUUGGUUCCGCUAGUCAAGUGUCGCAAGAACAAGAUGAACUCAGUCAGAGACUUGCAAGAUUGCGGCAAGCCGAAUGAAAUUGAUGAGUUUUCACAUUGACAGAAUAUGAAAUUAUGUGAUAAACAAAUCCUCCAAAAAAUAUGUUACAGAACGCUUUUUUUCGUAAAUAGAAAAAUCGAGCCACUAAUAGAUUGGUUUUAUCAGUUCUAAUAGAAGUUUCCACUGAUUUACAUCCCAAUUCAAUCUUCUAAUUUGGAAGUCUUUGUGUGGAGUACGAUCUGAUUCAGUUUCCCUUUUGAAAUUAUUAGUUAUAAAAUGCCUAUCUAAAGAAGUGUUGAGAUAUGAACGAAAGCAAUUUUUUGUGGUGGAAAUUAUCAAUAUUUCUGGGAAUUCUCACUUUCUACAAUCUGAAAAAAAUUGUAAUGGAGAACUUAUACACAUUUUAACGUUUCGGAGGCCCAAAUUUGCCUCUGUUUGCAAAACUGAAAAUUACCUAUAUAUAACUCAGUUUUUCUUUUUUGAUUUAUUUUUAAACUUUCUGAACAGGAAGGAUGUAAUGAACUACUCGCUAAGAGUAGAAAGGACCGUACUUGGGGCUUCCGGUCUUGAAGAAAACAUUGAAAAGUGGCAAAAUUGCGUCAGAAAACAAUUCGUUUCAUAUUGCAACAUUAUAACAUAUGAACUACUGAUGUAUAACCUAUUUUCCUCUGUGACAAAUAUAUUGACUUACACAGUAAGUUAUCAGGGCAAAUUAGAAGUUCUCGUCUGAAAUUCACCAUUACAAUUGUUUCUAGAUUGUGCAAGAUGAGAGGUACAGUAAAAUAUGUUGAAGUGGCAUUAUUUACAAAAUUACUUGAAAUAAUAUUGUUUGCUGCCAAAUACCAAGAUGAUCCUACUAACUUUUAUCGACAGUAGGAAUUUCCGCAAAUGAAAAUUCUUAAAAAAGGUAUCGUUUUCACACAAAGCUUUAGAGAUAAAAACCACAAUGUACUUGAUUGUUUGGUACGUACAUAUUUUUUGGAUUCCACCGAAGUUUAUAUUCUCAGCUAUUAUUAAUUAAGGUUCUAUGCUUAUAAAUUAGUUAUAUUUACCUGUGAACUGUAUCCAUAAUUUGUAUAGAUUUUAAUAAACUAACUACGUUUUCCAUAUA